GGUAUUCCUGCUAUUAUAGGCCCACAGGGAGGGAGCUGCUUUUCAGGGGAAACCAAGAGAGGCAAGAGCCAUUCCAUAGGUGUAUCAGAUAACAGCCAUCAAUGUCAUGCCCUAUUAUCAAAUUCUGUCAUCAUUCUACUCAGCAAGUAAAACCCUCUCCUGAGACUCCAAUUCCAAAGGUAAAUGGUUCCUGUGAGUGCAUCUGCCUCUUGUAACAAAAUGAUGGGAUGUGGAUUGAAAGGCUGGUCACAUGCUACAGGAAUCAGUCCUAUUCCGAGAAUGCAAUGAGGAGAUGGCUCGCCAGCUGGUGGAGCUGGGAUUCCGGGGAAGUGGUGAGGUUCUGAAAAGGGAAGAGUUUGAAACAAGGAAAGCAGCUGCUGAGGCUUCAAGACUCUCUGAAAGAACUCAACAAAAAACACUAUCAAGUGCAGGAAAAGAACUAAGGGAUAAUUUUCUGAAGGCAUUGGCAGAAAGGGAAGAAACCAACCGUAGUGGGAAAAUGGCUUCCAUAAUCUUCAUUCGUGACCGAAAUUCUCGUGGUCAAGAAGUGUCUGCCUACAUUGACUAUGCACACAGGCUGAAGGUUGAUGAAUUUGAAGUCUACUUUAAUGGAAAGAAAAAGCUUUUUCCAAGACGCACUGAUCUGAGCUUUUACAACUGGGAUAGAAAUGUCAUCACUUCAAAUUCCAGUCCAAAUUACCAAGUGAUUGCAGAAAAUGCUUGUGGAAUUCUCUUCAAGAACAAAUGUGAUAGGAAAAUAGUAAAUGUGGAUCCAAAGGCUUACCCGGGAGACAGCACAACUCGGACGCCUAUAGAGACAGAUCUCUACCUCCAAGUAGUCAUUUAUGACCAUAUCCUCAGAAGAAAGACCUGAACACCAGAUCUUUGGCUCUUCCCUCAAGCAUCUGUUUACCAACUUUUAUUCUAGCUGUACAUAACUAACUAAAUAAAUAACUUUGAAGAAAUCCAUACCGUAUGG